UCCCUACAAGUUAAUUGUUAAACUUAGAACCGGAAACCAAAAUAUGAAACUCGUAGUUAUUUUCGUGGUGAUGUUAAUAGCUGCAAGGGUGGAAGGUCAGGCUCUGGACGUGGAUUGGCGAAUCGUGGCGGCCGAGCUGGACUCUCCUCGCAAGGUGGAGUAUUACGCGUCGUGCGCCUCCGGCCAGGGGAGCUGCGACACGAGAGGCCUUCAGCUGCGCACAUACAUCCCCAUUGUCGCAAGAGGCGAAAGGUGUUUCAGGUGUUCACCGCGAGAGAACAGGAACCUUCUCCAGAUGGUCUCCACUCUGCAGCGUCGCUAUCCUCGCUGUUGGCAGAUCCUUGUGCUGGCGGCGCAGGAUCUGCCCACUCCCUCCACUCGUGGCUGUGCUAGUUAAUUUCUCUGGGACCUUCCAAUAAAUACGAUUAUGUCAAA